AGCCGCUCCAGUAGUGUCAAGACAGCUAAAUGCUAUCGUUAGCUUAGCGUUUCACAUCGUUCGUAACAGCAUGUGCUUGUGUUAACCUAGUCCACGUUUUUUUUCUAUACGGUUUCGUAUGUACUGAAAUGUAAUGGUCGGACACAAAGGUUGAAAUCUUGUAUGACUAAAGAGCUGAAGCUGAGGUUAUCGCCAGUUCUUCUUCUCCACCUCUGAUCUCCAGACUCUUAAAAUACAGAACUGACAACAAGUUAGAAACGUUAUUAAACCUGUCAAUUGUCUGCAGACAGAAGGGUCCGUGUGAAGAUGCAGUGGAAGUGCAAAUACUGAUUCUUUGAGAGCUUUGGAGUGGACAAGUUCUGCAGGUUCUGCAUGGCAACGAGGAGUGAGAUCCAAGACAAGGAGCAUACAGAUUUGGAGAAAAUUCAGCAGUGACACUCACUCGCUAUAUUCUGUGUUGAGAAACCACAAGUGUUGUCAGUACUAGCAUUGCUCUGGAUAGAGUCUAAAUAUGGCAGCACACCAGAAGAUGACCUUGAGAGUAAUUUUCACAGAGACAGAUAUAAGAAAGGUUGUUCUGAAUACAAGACCUACUACAGUGGAGGAUUUGAUAGGCAAGCUUAAAGAAUCACUGGGACUUAAUUUCAACUUCAGUCUCCAGUACCAAGAUCCUGAAUUCAAUUAUGAAGUGUGCAAUCUGACAGAUAUCGAAGAUCUUCCUGAAAAACCAACAGUCAAGGUCAUCCCUCUACUUGAGUUGGUAUCUGUCUCAACAUCUGAAGAAAUUUUGAGUGGCACACCCAGUGUAGCAGAUACAGAGAUCCUCUCUACAUCCUCGCAGGAGCGACAGAAACAGUGGCCAGAUUGUUUUGAUAUCCCAGAUUUUUCUGUUGAUGUAGCAUAUAGACUUAGGCAAGCAGAUCUUCAGUUUCUUCGUGAUGGUACGCACCUGAAAGUAACAAAAGAGCUGAAACAUGAGAUUCUUGAAAGAUUGGCAGAGAGCAUGUAUAGUUACACAGCAUACCCAAAUAAUGCUCAGUUCGAAAGUGUUGCACAAGCCCUCAUAAGCAAGCACCCCUCUCUCCAGGAGCGAGGCUCAACCAGUCGCUGUAGCGGCUGGAAAAAUAGUCUAAAAUUUAAAAUGGCUAAUUACAGAACAAAGCGCAGAAGAUCAGGGUGCCUUGAUGUAGCAGUAAAUGCAGGGAAACGAGGAGGGCAUUCAACUGAAGGAGAACCAGCCAACAAGAACAUCAAGAAGGCAAAGAAAGGCGAGAUCAACUUCUUACCCAACUUUCCAGACGGAUUUAAUCAGGUAGCCCUUGAGGGUGCCCGCAAAGACUUGGUUAAUGAAAUGCAGAAGAGAACACCAAAUGGACAGCUUGUAAAAGAGAAGAUGGAUCUGACGUUUGCAUUGAGAAGAAAAGAGGUGGUGGAGUCAGAACCUGCCGUAUGUGAGAUGGUGGAACGUUGGCCUGCUCUUUUCACAGAAGAUCAGGUAUGCAUGGAGUUCAACAGGAUUGUUGGCAAGAAUCUCAAACAGGAAUUCUAUGAGAGCAUUGAUCGGCACAGUCCUCGUCUUAUCGAGAUUUUUCGAUCCAAGAGAGGGAACAUUGGCCAAAUGUUGACACAGCUUUCCCAACAAACAAAGACUGCAGAGCCAACUGAUAUUCGAACACUGGUGCUCAGAGGACUUCCUGUUAUCCUUGGUGACAACCCCACAGACUUCUACAAACCAGCCUUUGACUCAGAUGAUGAUGACUCUUUCCGCAACAUUGACAUUGGGAUCCUCCUUGUUGAACCUGAAGGUGCUGUGCCCUCAUCCUCCCUGCAUCUCAGUCCAGCCUCACUAAAAAUUGUCAUUGAGGGAGAAGUGGUGAUGGACAACAUUCAAGACCUGCCAAAAGCUAUGUGUCUUCUCUUUGGACUUGCAUAUGCAAUGCAUCUCAGUUACCCCAUUUCUAUGAAGUUCACGUUCCAGUUCAUCCAACAGGUAUUUCUUGAGCUGGGCCACGUUGAACUAAAACCAAAGUUACAAACAUUGAAAAACCAGCUUGCGAUGUAACGAAAUGUCUUGUGUGUUGUCAGUGAACAGUCAGGGGGUUGAAAAUAUACUCAAUGCAGAUGGAGUUGAUAAAGUUGCUCUUAUCUAAUGCAGUUCAGUGCAGCAGUACUGCCACAACUUUUAUUUCUUAAGAAAGUUUGUAAUGUUCAGCUUACAGUGUUAUAAGAGACAUCAGUGUCCAGCCACUUGUACUCUAAAAAACAGGAUUUAGAAGUGUAUGCUCAGGGCUCCAUAGUAAUAUUUAGUUGAUACAGUUAAAGGAAAAUUCAGCACUUUUCAUGUAAACGUCCAGUUUGUGUUGAUGGUAAAUGUAGUCAUUUGAAGCAGUAAAUUCAAAAUAAUGUAAUUCUUCCUCAACAGCAACAUUACUGCUUAUUUUACAGGUUUUUUCAGUCAAUAGCAGCACAGGAAUUUAUUGCUUCAGUUGAUUACAUUUACUAACAACACAGACUGUACAUUUACAUAAAACAUGCAAAAUCUUCCCUUAAACAUAGUUGAUCUGUUCAUUUUCCAAGUUGGAGAUUGUGUCCUAUUUUAAGGUGUCCAGUUUUUUCAAAAGGAUGCAAAUAUUUUUGUUGAAUGCUGCUGCAUUUGUAUUCCUUCUCUAAACAUGUUAGAAUUGAGUUCAAGCACAUAUGCCUAUUUUUACUUGCCUUUUGUAUGGCAAACUUUUUUUUGAAUGGCUACUGUUUUGAUACUUUUUUAUACUUCUGAAAAACAUGACAAACUACAGUUAAAAUUGUCUUUUGCGUAAGUAUUCUGCAAA